CAGUCUGAUCUGUGUUCAAGGUGACAGGCAGCCCGGGCAGGUAUAACAGAGCUGAGCUGAGAGAACGUGCAGAUCCCCCCCAACCACCUACCCACCCACACACACACACACACAUUGACAUCAUGCUGCAGACACUAGCCCUCCUGCUGCUUCAGGCAGCAUAUGUCUUUGGAUGUGGCACACCUGCUGUCAAGCCCGACACUAGUAGGAUUGUGAAUGGAGCAGAUGCUCGCGCCCAUAGCUGGCCUUGGCAGAUCUCCCUGCAGGUGAAGCACGGCAGCCGUUUCCAUCACACUUGUGGGGGUACACUGAUUGGGCCUCGCUGGGUGCUGACCGCCGGACACUGCAUCUGGCCGGGAGAUGUUUACCGCGUGGUCUUAGGAGAGCAUGACAUGAGCCAACAGGAGGCUACGGAACAGAUCAGAGAUGUCCUGCGCAUUGUUGUUCAUCCCAAGUGGGACAUUGACCGUGUGGCUGAUGGCAACGAUCUUGCCCUGCUGAAGCUGGAUAAGAGCCCCGUUAUGAAUGACAACGUGGGCGUGGCUUGUCUUCCACAGGCUGGAGAGAUCCCCACCCAUGGGACCCCGUGUUACAUCUCAGGCUGGGGGAACCUUUACACCCAUGGACCCAUGCCUGACAAACUGCAGCAGGCCUUGCUGCCUGUGGUGGAGCACAGCGUGUGCAGCCGCAGCGACUGGUGGGGCAUCAACGUCAAGAGCACCAUGAUCUGUGCGGGAGGAGACGUCGUAUCCGGAUGCAAUGGAGACUCUGGCGGCCCUUUGAACUGUCUGGGCGAAGACGGCAGGUGGUACGUCCAGGGAGUUACCAGCUUUGUUUCGUCCAGGGUCUGCAACGAAGUGAAGAAGCCCACGGUCUUCACCCGUACGUCAGCCUUCACCGAGUGGCUCAGUGAGGUCAUGCUGCGAUACUGAUGAUCUCCUCGACGCCAACUGUUCUACUACAAAAAAAUAAUGAGACCCCAGGUUCUGUCUGUUCUCUCUGUUUGGAGGUUUCCAGCUUUCCAGGUUUCACUUGGGAGUGAAAGGCAGAGUUGGAUAUUGGCACAAAACACAAUGCGAAAGGUUAAUAUAUGUUUCAACAAUAAAAUAAUACUUAAGAAA